AUGGCCGGUGGUGUCUCUGUCCGCGAUGUCGAUGCGCAAAAGUUCAUCAACGCCUACGCUGCGUUCCUGAAGCGUCAGGGCAAGCUGCCCAUCCCCGGUUGGGUCGACAUCGUCAAGACCGGCCCCGCCAAGGAGCUCCCUCCCCAGGACAUUGACUGGUUCUACGUGCGCGCCGCCUCCGUCGCCCGCCACAUCUACCUCCGCAAGACCGUCGGUAUCGGCCGCCUCCGCAAGGUCCACGGCUCCGCCAAGAACCGCGGCGUCCGCCCCUCCCACCACGUCGACGCCUCCGGCUCCGUCGACCGCAAGAUCGUCCAGGCCCUCGAGAAGAUCGGCGUCCUUGAGCAGGACGAGGAGAAGGGUGGCCGCCGCAUCACCCAGUCCGGCCAGCGUGAUUUGGACCGUAUCGCCCAGACCACCGCUGAGGCCGAGGAGGAGGAGGAGGAUGACGAGUAA